AUGUCUUCUCUAUUCGAUGCCGUUCUCCAAUCAGAAUUGGGCGCUACGCCUUCUCACGACCGGAAUCCCCGAUCCGACAAUUUGCCCAGCUCUAGACACUCGGAGAGUAAUGGUCCCAUGAGCGAUAUGAAUGCCUUCCCGGACGACCAGGUGGUCGGAGCGGGAAGCUCGGCAAUCAGCCGUAUGCGCAACCCAUAUGCCCCUGGCCCCCCGCCGGUAGUCGAUGGGGCAGCGGAGAGUGUCCGACAGACAUUCGAACACCUCCUCGAGUCAUACAUCGCUGAGCCAUCUUCCUCUGCACCGCCUUCAUCGGGAGAAUUUCUCAGUGACAAGUAUUAUAUCGCCCAAAUCAAGGGGAUGAAAAAAUUCGAACUAUCAACUCUUUACGUUGAUUUCACACACCUCAGUAGUGAUCCAGUGCUAGCAGAUGCCAUUGCCCUACAAUACUAUAGAUUCAUCCCCUUCCUCACCAAGGGACUACACAACCUAAUCGCCAAAUAUGAACCAGAAUACUUCGUCUCCCACCGAAUGACUGCCAGUGCCUCUUCGCGAGCCAGUACCUCUGUUGCCUCGGCAUAUGCGGGCGUCUCAGAUAACCCCGAUCUCGAGCGUCAGAUCCGUGAGAAGACCCGUCAUCAACAAACCGACAAACUCUUUGCCCUUGCAUUUUACAACUUGCCUUUGGUUUCCAGACUGCGACAGCUUCGGACGAAUCAAAUUGGAAAGUUGCUUUCCGUCUCCGGAACCGUUACGAGAACAUCUGAAGUCAGACCGGAAUUGUCGCUGGGAACUUUUAUUUGUGAGGGUUGCAAGACUGUCGUCCCCAAUGUCGAGCAGACUUUCAAAUACACGGAGCCCACAGAGUGUCCCAAUAAUACCUGCGGUAACCGCGUGGGUUGGCGAUUGGAUAUUGGAAAGAGUACAUUUGUUGAUUGGCAAAAAGUCAAGCUUCAAGAAUCAUCACACGAAAUUCCGACUGGUAGUAUGCCACGCACAAUGGAUGUCAUCUUGCGUGGUGAGAUGGUUGAUCGCGCCAAGGCCGGUGAACGCUGUGUUUUCACGGGUACAUUGAUUGUAGUCCCCGAUGUCAGCCAACUGGGUCUCCCCGGUGUACGCCCUGAAGCCGUCCGGGAUAACGCUUCCUUCCGGGGUACUGAAGUCGGUGGUAGCGGAAUUUCCGGCUUGAAGUCUCUGGGUGUGCGCGAUUUAACUUACCGAUUGGCCUUCCUUUCUUGCAUGGUUACCCCAGACACUACGACUCCUGGUCAGAAGCCUGAGCAGCAGCUCAGUGGCCAGUCAAACAAUAUCCUAGCUUCCCUGAACCAGAACCAGGAGGAUGAUAUCGGAGACGACUCAGCUCAGGAAGCUUUCCUGCAAAGUCUUACUCCAGCUGAAGUCCAGGAUCUCAAGCAACUGGUGCACUCUGAAUAUAUCUACGCCCGCUUGGUAGACUCGAUAGCACCCAUGAUUUGGGGCCAUCGCCAAAUUAAGAAGGGUCUGCUUUUGCAGUUGAUUGGCGGUGUCGGCAAAUCAACUUCAGCGGAGAGCUUGAAACUUCGUGGUGAUAUCAACAUUUGUAUUGUUGGUGACCCGUCUACCAGUAAGAGUCAGUUCUUAAAAUACAUUUGCUCUCUGCACCCUCGCGCGGUCUACACCAGUGGAAAGGCCUCUUCGGCAGCCGGUCUGACUGCUUCGGUUGUCAAGGAUCCCGAGACAGGCGAGUUCACCAUCGAAGCCGGUGCACUGAUGCUUGCGAACGGUGGCGGUAUUUGUGCCAUUGAUGAAUUCGACAAGAUGGAUAUCGCCGAUCAAGUCGCUAUUCACGAAGCCAUGGAACAGCAGACAAUCUCCAUCGCCAAGGCUGGUAUCCAUACCACUCUCAACGCCCGUGCAUCCAUCCUCGCUGCCGCCAAUCCUAUCAACGGUCGCUACGACCCGAAGCAAACCCUUCGCAACAACUUGAACUUCAGUGCUCCCAUUAUGAGUCGUUUCGAUGUGUUCUUUGUCAUUCGUGACGAUCCCAAGGAGUCCGUCGAUCGCAGCUUGGCCGAGCACAUUGUCAACGUGCACAUGAACCGCGACGAGGCUGUUGAGCCCGAACUGUCCACCGAACAACUGCAGCGCUACAUCCGAUUUGCCCGCACAUUCCGGCCCGUUUUCACCGAGGAGGCGAAGACACUGCUCGUCGAGAAAUACAAGGAGCUGCGUUCCAACGACGCCCAGGGAGGUGUAGGCCGCUCAUCAUACCGCAUCACCGUCCGUCAGCUCGAGUCCUUGAUCCGUUUGUCUGAGGCUGUAGCCAAGGCCAACUGUGUCGAGGAGGUCAUCCCUAAGUUUGUCAUCGAGGCCUACGAUCUCCUCCGCCAGAGUAUCGUAACUGUCGAGAAAGAUGAUGUUGAGAUCGAAGAAGAUGAGCAUACCCACACCAACAACGCCGAUGAGGACCACGAGAUGGCCGAUGGCGAUAACGAGGGUGACAGCCCUAUGCGCGAUGUUGUAGAGCCAGCUGCCCAGUCUGAACGGCAGAAGACCAAGAUCACCUACGACAAGUAUGCCAAGAUCCUGAACCAGAUUGUCAGACGGGUACACGAGGAUGAGGUGAACUCGGGCGAGGGUGUUGAGCAGGAAGAUCUUGUACUCUGGUACUUAGAGCAGAUUGAGGGUGAACUGAACACCGAAGAAGACUACGAUCGCGAGCGCGACUUGGCCAGCAAGGUCUUGAAACGUAUGGUCAAGGACAAAAUCUUGCUUCGUAUUGCAGGCACUGGUCUCACUGAUGGGACCAACGGUGAUGAACAAGCAGAUGGAAAGAUCCUGUUUGUCAUGCAUCCCGAUUGUGCCUAUGAAGAGAUGUAA